GCCAGGUUCGAGUUCGAGUCGGGCAAAGGCAAUGAGGGUACCAAGAUCCUGAUGAUCGAAUGGGAUGCGGAUGUCGAUACCAGCGGACAUGCAAACGAUGGCGACGAAUGGCAUAUCUGGUGGGAGGGCAAGAGUGUGGUUCUGCCGGCUGAUGAUCGAAAAGGUGGGACGGAGGAGGUUACCAGACUCUACUACUUGCUUCCACCCGGCGUUUCCGUACCGGCAAUGAUUACCUUGACUAGAAUACCUUUCAAAACAAAUCCCUCAUCAAUGGGCGACGGAGACAAAGGCGAACGUAACGGUUCCAAAUCGCCGAGCGCACCAGAACGAACAUGGCGGGCGAAUCCGUUACCCGCAAUCUACCCACCUGAGUUAGGUGCUACAGCGCGGUCGGCUGGCAAGAAAGGCGUCUUACACACGAAAUGGGCCAAGGCGCGUCUUCGGUCAUUACAAAAGGAAAUCGACGAGGAGUCUAAGAAGAACGUCGAAGGCGUUGCCCUGAUCAUGGCUAUGCAGGAAAAGGAAUGGAUCGAACAGAACUUCGGGGUCUCCUCCAGACCUGCACCGAUCUCCAUUGGCGGAAUUGACCUCUCCGGUGCCGAAGCCCCUCGAUCUCCCCCUUCUGGCACCCGCAGCCCUACAUCGCCGCGCAGCCCCGGUGGCAGCCGCCUAUCAGAGAAACUGAAGGGUCUGAAACUUGGCACGAGCGACAAGGAGCUUGGAACGGCCCGCCAAAGCGCCAUAACUCUCUCCAUGAGCGGCGGAUCGAUCCAUAGCAACCCGCUGUCACCGGAGGGGAGCGACGUCGCCGUGAGCUCCUAUGCGGCGAUUCGCGGAACCAACCUGAAUGCCGCGCUGUUGAAGUCGCCGCAGGGAAAUCGCCCGUUCAUGCCGCUGACCCCAAUGACGGCAGUGCGGAUGAUGCCGCAGAGUCCGCCCCCUCUCCUCGUGCAGCAGCAGUCGCUGGCGGAGCUAGGAAGCUUGGAUGCUGUGGCGAGAAGUCCUUUACCGCUA